AUGGCGCAACGGGCUCUUCGAGCUGGGUUUGACCCGUUGACUGCAAUCAACCAGAUGAACGGCCUUACUCUGUGUUGUUUGAUGUUGGAGAGUGCGCCAAAUUUAUUGAUGCUUUCAAGCCAGACACCGCGUAUUUUGCGGUGGCACUACCAGCAGGCACUAGCCCAAACCGCGCACCAGGAGAUGCCAAGCCAUCAUGGAAAUGGAACACAGCACUCACAACCAACCCAGUACUCGGAAUUCGCAAUGAGUGUCGUCAAGUACUCAGCCAGGUCCACUGAUCGUGAAUUGGUCAUCUUCCGAAGAGCGGAUGACAACGGCAAUCUUGAGGUUGUUCCACCCAUUCCAUUCACAUCCGGAGGUACCGCUGAACACCCCCAGAUGACUGUUCUCUUAGCACUGUGGUAUCUCGGCAUGCAUGCUGCCCAGGAUGGACACGGUAAUUGGCACAUGUAA